AUGUCUCCUUUACCACCACCGACUUCGAUUAACUCGAGCGGCUUUGCGACUGCUCUUGAGCUUUAUCCGUCUCUCGUUGAGAAUGUCUACAAGUCUAAACUAAAAGAUGUCAAGAAGCUCAACGAAGCUCUUGAGAGGGACAAGUGGCGUUUCGAAGAGUUACCUCUUUCAAUCCCCAUCCUGAAUGGAGGGAAGGAGAGCAAGGCUGGGAAGUCACAAAAACGAGUGAGCUUGUCAAAGGCAAUUGUGGAGAGAUUGGUUCAGUGGAAAAUCACACAUGGCCACUCACGUCCCUUUCUUCCAGCAAUGAUUCGCAAGAACGACGCUGCAGCCGUCGAGGAGCAGACUGCUCUGGCGUAUGAGAAGUUAGGAGGCUCGCCUUCAACUUCAGCACCGUCGACCGCCACUCUAAUUGCGGCUCUAGAUUCAGCUUGCAAGCUUACUGGCAUUGGCCCAGCUACGGGCACUUUAAUAUUGGCCGUCUAUGAUCCCAAGUACAUUCCGUUCUUUCAAGAUGAGAUGUUCUUGUGGUUCUUUCCUGACCAUAAAGACGCGAAGCUGAAGUACACCCAGAAAGAGUAUUUGCAGCUUUAUGAUGCUGUGGCUCCUGUGUUGAAGAAGUUAGGGGUCAAAGCUGUUGACCUGGAGAAGGUAGCAUAUGUUCUUGGGCACAAAGAAUUGCUUGAACCCACAGAUCUCUCCAAGCUCGAAGAAGCACUUGGGGGGAAUAGUGACAAUGCUACCAAGAAGCCUGCUGUCAAGAAGGCUGAGAGCAGCCCCAAGUCAGACGCUGCUCCAUCUAAACCAGCAAAGGGUACGAAAAGAGGUGCAGAGACGUCACAGCAUUCUGAAGAGUCAACUUCGAAGCGGCAGACACGGCGGAACAGAAGCUAG